AUGACGAAUCAGUGUGAGGAAACAAAAAAUCUUGGAAUAGAGAACGAAAAAAUCGGCUGCAAUAUGGAAAUUGAUGAAGGGGUAGCCAAGAUGUCUGAAGUACAGAACUUUUAUAACGGGAAGAAUAUUCUUAUCACUGGAGCUACAGGGUUUCUCGGGAAAAUAUUGGUGGAGAAACUUCUCCGUAGCUGCUCGGGAGUUGAGAAUUUAUAUCUAUUGGUAAGACAGAAACGGGGAAAGGAUAUUUACACCAGGAUAGAAGAAAUAUUUGAUGAUCCCGUUUUCGACCGUUUGAAGGAGGAGGUGCCGAAAUUUAGGCACAAAAUUGUCGUCAUACCAGCCGAUUGCGAAGCCGCCGGUUUGGGACUUACUAUCAGUGACAGACAGACACUCAUCGAAAAAGUAAACGUAAUAUUCCAUUCUGCGGCUACAGUGAAAUUCGACGAACAUUUGAGAGCUGCUCUGGCCACGAAUGUGUGUGCGCCACUCUACCUACUGGGUUUGGCGAGGGAGAUAAGAAAACUAGAGGUUUUCAUUCACAUAUCCACCGCGUACUCAAACUCCCAUUUGUCAUACAUUGAGGAGAAGUUUUACCCUUGCGAGGUAAAUAGCGGUAAACUGCAGAAGAUGAUUGACAAAAUGACAGACGAACAGAUAAACAAGAUAUCUCCUACUGUUUUAGGUUCGUGGCCAAAUACUUACACGUUCACAAAAGCGUUGGCGGAGAAGGAAUUGAGAGAAAACUCAAAGAACAUACCUCUUGGUAUCUUCAGGCCGGCAAUUGUGACAUCCACUUUGAAGGAACCAUUGAAAUGUUGGCUCGACAACAUGUACGGCCCCACGGGUGUCGCUGUUGGUACAGCGACAGGAAUGCUCCGUACAGUUCAGUGUGAUAAAUCAGUGACAGCUGAUCUUGUACCAGUGGACUCCGUAGUCAACUGUCUUAUAGUAGCAGCUUAUAAUGUACAUAGAGAGUUUGUUAAAAGCCCACCUCAAGAACCGCCGAUUUUUAACUACGUUAGCUCAGUAGAAAAUAGAAUCACUUGGGGCGAUUUUACCGAUUUAAAUAUGGCGAGAAUCGACAAACAUCCGUUCUCUAACGCUGUCUGGUACGUGUCACUUACUCUGAACAAGUCGUCUUUCGUGAAUGCAGUCUGCGUACUUUUCCUACACUUACUCCCGGCGGCACUAGUUGACGGACUAGCUGUAUGUGUUGGAAAGAAACCACAGAUGUUAAAAGUUUAUAGAAAGAUACACAAGUUUUCAUCUGUGCUCUCAUACUUCUGUACAAAAGAAAUUAAAUUCUGUAACAAAAGAACCAGAGAAUUAUGGGAAAGUACGUCUCAGACAGACAAACAGAUAUUUCCAUUCAGUAUGGCUGAAGUAUCCUGGUCCUCAUAUUUUGACGACUACCUAGCGGGCAUCAGACGGUAUUUGUUUAAAGAGAGCGAUGACACUCUUCCAAGAGCGAGACGCAAGUGGACACGAAUGGCCAUGGUUAGCGUAAUUAAAUCGAUCUUCGCCCACCACGCCGCGCUGCUGAAUAGCGGGUCACGCCUUAAUCCAGGGAAAUUAAUAUCUGCCACCGGGGAUUCUGGAAAUACAUAUAAAUGA